UCCAAUCUCGGCCGUUGGCCGCAGGAUUAUGCUAUCACAGGCGGCUCAAGGCGCGAUGGAGGCCUCGUGGCAUGAGUUGGCGGCGCUCGGCGGCGGAGGAGGCCAUCGCCACCAGCAUUGCCAGCGCCCCCUCAUCGCCGCCACUCCGAUUUUUUUCGUGCCUCGUUGCCACGUCCAAAGGAAGCUAAGGAUUGUUUGCUCUGUCUCGGAAUCGUUUUCUCCCAGCACUGCGACAGCUCUUCAAUCAAAGAAAGCGUUGAGCAAUUCAGUAAGCAUUUACGACACUACACUACGAGAUGGCGCUCAGAUGGUGGGAAUUUCCUUGACUCUAAAUGACAAGCUAAAGAUUGCUAAAGCUCUCGCGGACAUUGGUGUGGAUUAUAUCGAGGGAGGAUGGCCCGGAUCAAAUCCAAAAGACGCAGAGUUUUUCAAGCUUUGUAAGGACAACAUUCUGAAGGGGCAGUCCUCGAAGCUUGCGGCAUUUGGUUCGACUAGAAGGAAAAACUCGACUUGCGAAGAGGAUACUAACGUGCAAGCAUUACUCUUUAGCGAGGCAGAGGUUAUCACGGUGGUAGCAAAGGCGUGGGACGUACAGGUGACAAGAGUACUCGAAACAACACUAGCAGAAAACUUGAGAAUGGUCGCGGAAACUAUUUCGUAUUUUAAGGUCCGAAGCAAGGAGGUAAUGCUUGACGCUGAGCAUUUUUUUGAUGGUUUUACAGCAAACAGAGCUUACUCGCUAGAGUGCUUGAAAAUUGCGGUGAAGGCUGGAGUUGAUGUAGUCGUCUUGUGCGACACCAAUGGAGGGUCCAUGCCCUGGACUGUAGAGGAGGUGACAAGAACUGUUAAAGCAGAGUUGAUGCCCUGGCCACAUGUCCGUAUAGGAGUACACACACACAACGACACGGAACUCGCUGUUGCCAAUUCUCUGGCAGCUGUGCGAGGUGGGGCAUCGCUAGUUCAAGGAUGCGUCAAUGGCUACGGGGAGCGAACUGGAAAUGCAAAUCUGAUUAGCGUGAUCGGCGGGCUUCAAGUCAAGAUGGGAUUUACGUGUAUCCCUCCCGAAUCUCUUGCAAAUCUUUCCAAGCUGGCGUCCACUGUCGCGGACGUUACAAAGCAGACAAUGUCACCAACGCAACCGUACGUUGGCUCGGCGGCCUUCGCUCACAAAGGUGGAAUCCAUGUUGCGGCGAUACGCAGGAUGCCCGAGAGCUAUAAUCAUAUGGAUCCGACUCUCGUUGGAAAUGCCAUGCGUUCAGUCGUGAGUGAGCUAUCUGGCAAAGGCAAUAUACUUGAUAAGGCUGAAAAAGCUGGACUUGUUUUGGACAACGAUGUCGCCGGAAGUGUUCUUGCGCACAUAAAACAAAUGGAAAGAGAGGGAUGUGCUUUUGAAAACGCUGGUGCCUCUGUUGAUAUGCUGAUUGUUCGAAAGGGAAAGCGCUACCAGCAGCCCUUUCAAGUCUUGGAAUUCACGGUGCUUUCGAGCAACCGCGGCGUGCAUUCCACUAGUAGCAACGGGAACUCGCAGAUCCAACAAGAUAACUGGCUCGCGUGGUGUGGAAGUGACAGUCAAGUGAACCAGGCGAUGGUAAAGCUCUCCGUCGGUGGCAAAAGUCAGGUAAGCGCAGCGGAAGGGAUCGGUCCAGUGGAUGCUCUCAGUCACGCUUUAAGGAGCGCGCUCGAGAAGCACUACCCGCAACUCGAGCAAGUGGAGCUCGCGGACUAUCACGUCCAUCUAGUGGAGCCAUCGACUGCUCACAAGGGGACCCUUUCAACGACGCGAGUGACAGUUGACUUCACGGAUGCUUCUGGCAACAAGUGGACGACCGUUGGUGCUCACACAUCCAUCGUAGAAGCCAGCUUCCGGGCGCUCGUUGACGGCCUCGAAUUUGGGAUCGUCAAUUGCUCCGAGGAUGGCUGUUCUGCCGUUCACAAAAAGUAAAACGAUGCGUUCUAGGCUAUUUGAGCAA